CCGGCGCCGCAGCAAGGAGCAGAUGCUGGAGCUGGUGGUGGUGGAGCAGUUCCUGGCCAUCCUGCCCUGGGAGACGCGGAGCUGGGAGUGGGGGCGCGGUGUGUCGACCUGCGCCCGGGCCGAGGGGCUUCAGCUGGGGCAGGCGGAGGGGGAGAAGCUCCAGAUGAGUGUUGCCAUGUCUGUGUGCUUAAACAGUUUUCCUUCCCAACUGCAUCUCCCAGAUCCCAGCUUCCCAGUGACAUAUUUGUCUCGUCCCCAGGUGGCAAUGAGUGUGCGUGUUAGGGAGGUGUGCUCAGGCACGGUGCAGCCCAUGGGGGCAUUGCAGGAGCCUGCUGAUUCCUGGCCGGAGCUGCCCACAGCCCGUGAUGCCAACAGGCCUCUGGAGGGAGCAGAACAGAGCGAAAGCCCAGGGUCUCAGCACAAGCCACCUUGUGCCCCCGAAGAGAAGCCUGCGCUCUACCACAAGUCAGAUUCCCUUGAAAGCGGGGAGACCUCGGUGUUGUCAGCAAACAAAAGCUCGUCGGGCUGGUGCCCCAGACGAGGCCCAGGAGCAGGUGCUGGGACCCUGAGCAGAGCUGAGCAGCAGCCUCCUGGAGACGAGACUGUAAUCCUGGAUCUGCAGAGGACUUCCUCAGGGAGACUGGAGGAGAGGGGCUCCCUGACACCUGAAUCAGGCCAAGUUAAGAGGGGGCAGGGCAGGCCUCCAAAGCAGGGGGAGAGCUUGGAGCUCCGGGACGUGUUUGAGGACGUGGCCGUGUAUUUCACACGGAAGGAGUGGGAGCUGUUGGAAGAUGACGACAAGGUGCUUUACCAGGACGAGAUGCUGAAGAAUUACCAAGCCCUCAUUUCCCUGGGACAUCGAGGUCCCACACCUGACUUAAUCUGCCGCAUCCAGUGUGGACAGGUGGAGCUUUGGGUCUGUGAUGAUGAGGACAGUGGGGAAAUCUCAAGGUCAGAGGACCUGCUGCCAGGACGUGCCUGGCUGCUGAGCGGAGCUGAGGAGCAGACUCCUGCAAAAGGGUCUCCAGACCUGGAGCCAGCACAGACUUCCCUAGGGAGUUUGGGCAAGAUGGACUCCCUGAGACCUGAGAAGGAGCCAUGGCACAAGAGUCAGGGGAGGCCCCGAAAGCAGAAGGAGAAUGUAGCAGUAAACCAGCAUCAGCACAUCCAGCUGAGGAGGAAGACGCACCAUUGCACUGAGUGCAAGAAGAACUUCAUCUGCUGGCAAGACCUGUCCCAGCACCAGUGUGUGCAGACCGAGGAGCAGCCACACCAUGGCACCAAGUGUAGGAAGAGCUUUAGAAAGCUCUCUAAUUUGCCCAGGCACAGGAGCAUGCAUACAAGGAACAAGCCACAUCGGUGCUCGGAGUGUGGAAAGAACUUCACACGAUCCUCCCACCUUUCCCGACACCAGAUCAUCCACACAGGGGAGAAGCCGCAUCAGUGCUCAGAGUGUGGGAAGAGCUUCACUCAUUCCUUCAGCAUGGCCCGGCACCAGCGUAUCCACACAGGAGAGAAACCACAUCAGUGCUCAGAGUGUGGGAAGACCUUCACUCAUUCCUUCAGCAUGGCCCGGCACCAGCGUAUCCACACAGGGGAGAAGCCACAUCAGUGCUCAGAGUGCGGGAAGAGUUUCUCCCGAUUUUCCCACCUGUCCUGGCACCAGCUUAUCCACACAGGGGAGAAACCGCAUCAGUGCUCAGAGUGUGGGAAGAGCUUUGCCCAGGCCUCCCACCUGACCCAGCACCAACUUAUUCAUGUAGGAGAGAAGCCACAUCAAUGCUCAGAGUGUGGGAAGAGCUUCACUUAUUCUUUCAGUCUGGCUCGGCAUCAGCGCAUCCACACAGGGGAGAAGCCACAUCAGUGCUCAGAGUGCGGGAAGAGCUUCACCCUAUCCUCCCACCUGUCCCGGCACCAGCUUAUUCACACAGGGGAGAAGCCACAUCAGUGCUCAGAGUGUGGGGGCCUGGUUCAGCACCAGCGUAUCCACACAGGGGAGAAGCCACAUCAGUGUUCAGAGUGUGGGAAGAGCUUCACUCGGUCCUCCAACCUGGCUCAGCACCAGCGUAUCCACACAGGGGAGAAGCCACAUCAGUGCUCAGAGUGUGGGAAGAGUUUCGCCCAGUUCUCCCACCUGACCCAGCACCAGCGUAUCCACACAGGGGAGAAGCCAUAUAAGUGCCCAGAGUGUGGGAAGAGUUUCAUUCGAUCCUCCCACCUGGCCCGGCACCAGCUUAUCCACAUGGAGGAGAAGCCGCAUCUGUGCUCAGAUUGUGGGAAGAGUUUCACCCGAUCUUCCCACCUGGCCCGGCACCAGAUUAUCCACAUGGAGGAGAAGCCGCAUCUGUGCUCAGAUUGUGGGAAGAGUUUCACCCGAUCUUCCCACCUGGCCCGGCACCAGAUUAUCCACAUGGAGGAGAAGCCGCAUCUGUGCUCGGAGUGUGGGAAGAGUUUUAACCGUUCUUGCCACCUGGCCCGGCACCAGCUUAUCCACACAGGGGAGAAGCCACAUCAAUGCUCAGAGUGUGGGAAGAGUUUCACCCGAUCUUCCCACCUGUCCUGGCACCAAUUUAUACACACAGGGGAGAAGCCACAUCAGUGCUUAGAGUGUGGGAAGAGUUUCGCCCAGUCCUCCCACCUGACCCAGCACCAGCUUAUUCACGUAGGGGAGAAGCCACAUCGGUGCUCAGAGUGUGGGAAGUGCUUCAUUCAUUCCUUCAGCCUGGCUCGGCACCAGCAUAUCCACACAGGGGAGAAGCCAUAUCAGUGCUCAGAGUGUGGGAAGAGCUUCACCCGAUCUUCCCACCUGUCCCGGCACCAACGCAUCCACACAAGGGAGAAAACACAUCAGUGCUCAGAGUGUGGGAAGAGCUUCGCCCAAUCCUCCCACCUGACCCAGCACCAGGUUAUCCACACAGGGGAAAAGCCACAUCGGUGCUCAGAGUGUGGGAAGAGCUUCACCCGAUUCUCCCACCUGUCCUGGCACCAGCUCAUCCAUACAGGGGAGAAGCCACAUCGGUGCUCAGAGUGUGGGAAGAGCUUCACCCAAUCCUCCCACCUAACCCAGCACCAGGUUAUCCACACAGGGGAGAAGCCAUAUCACUGCUCAGACUGUGGGAAGAGUUUCAACCGGUCCUCCCACCUGGUCCGGCACCAACGUAUCCACACAGGGGAGAAGCCGUAUAAGUGCUUGGAGUGCGGGAAGAGCUUCACCUGCUCCUCCAGCCUGGCCCGGCACCAGCUUAUCCACACGGGGGAGUAGCUGUACCAGUUCUCAGAGUGUGGGAAGAGCUUCACUCAAUCCUCUAACCUGCCCAAACACUGGCUCAUCCACACGAGGGAGAAGCAACAUUUGUGCUCAAGGUGUGGGAUUACCCAGUAUUCCCUCCUCGCCUGGCACCAGCUCACCCACACAGAAGAAACCACAUCAGUGCUCAGAGUGUGUGAAGUACUUCCCCCACACUCCAAAACUGGCCCAGCACCAGUGCAUCCCAUCCAGGAACAUCCCUAAUUCUGCCAGCAAUGCAGGGAAGGCUUGUUGAUGUAUACCUGCUCAGCACCCACCAGUGUCUGCAUCCAGGCAAGCAGCCUCAUGCUGGUUCAAUGCAGCAAGAGUUCACCCAUCGUUCAGCCCAUCUAGGGCCCUGCAUAACCCGAAGGACACAGAUGCUGGCUCCCAAGGUUUGAUGAGGGGGAGGGGUUAAAACGAAACACCAAGCAGAGGCCAGCACAGAUGCUGGGGAAAACUGUAAGGAGAUUAUAUUUCUUUCAGCCUUGAAGCCUGUGCCAUCCCCAUCAUUCUUUAAAAGCAGUCAGUGCACUCAAAGGGGGACAAGAAGUGCCAUCACAAUAGGAUGCUCUCCCCAAGACAGCUGGCCCCAAAUGAUAUCCAGGGACUUUCUUUAGCUGACUCACUGCUUUGUCCUUCCUCUUGCUCUUAGGGUUCUGGUAUGUGAGGCUCUAGAGUUGCAGGAAGGAGGACAUUUAUGGCUAGGAAAGCAUUCUCUACCUUCCACCUUGACCUUGCCUUUCCUCUCGACCGCAUCACCUUUCUCCUAGGCCUGUACAUGCACACUGGGAUCUGCAGGAAGCUGCUACUGUUACCUGUGAGCCCAGUUUGGCAGUUUUGCUUCUCAGCCCCACAUCAGAACUCUGCAGCACCAGGUGCCAGCUGCCCCCCUGCCCUCCUUCCCUUCAUCCCCUUCUCUAACAGAGUACUUGCUAAUCAAGCCCCAUAACUUAACAUGAUAUCCCUGUGGUUGGUCUCUAUGUCCUCUCCAGAGCUGUGGAAUGGGAACAGACCAGGCCAGAAGUCUUUCCAGGGCAUAUCUCUGUGAUUUCCCAGCCCCUUGCCUUUCCAGAUGAUUCACUUCAAUCCAGUUGUUCACAACCUUCAGGAGCAGGAACUGGUCACACUCGAGGCACAGAAGGUCAUCUAGUCCAGCCCCCUGCUCAAAGCAGGACUAUUCCCAAUAGAUCAUCCCAGCUGAAGCUUUGUUUUUAAGGUUUUGAAAACCCCCAAGGAUGGAGUUUCCAUCCCCUCUCU